AUGACUCCCACAAAGAGGGGUGUUGAGAGGGGCCCUUCUGCCCUCAAUGAGGUGGUGAUCCAAGAACACACCAUCAACAUUCACAAGCACAUUCAUGGAGUGAGCUUCAAGAAGCGUGCUUCUCAGGCACUCAGAGAAAUCCAGAAAUUUUCCAUGAAGGAAACUGGUCCUCCAGUACAUUUGUUCAGAAACUGUAAUGAGGAUGAGGACUCGCCUAACAAGCUCUACACAUUGGUAACAUACUUGUCGGUUACCACAUUCAAAACUCCACAGAGAGUCAAUGUGGAUGAGAACUAA